AUGGGAAGCACUAACAAUAUUGAGGAGCCAGUGCCUCCUACGACCACUGGCUCAGAAGAGCUUCAGGUGCUGGCCGGCCCAUUGCUGAAUUAUAAGGGCAUGAUUGGCGCGCAGACCGGAUCUAAGGUUUGGCAGGGCAGUGUUUUGAUCGUCACGAAGCCCGCCCAGACGCAGCCCGAAUUGAGGGUAAGCCUCCGCGGGCCUGUUCGACCACAGCAGGCAGUCAAUGGAAAUUCGGAGCUCCCCAACGGCCAAGCUGAUGGAGUCGACGGAGCUUCCACUGCAACAGGUGCCGAGCCGCGUACCAUCUCGGGGGAGAGGCUGUAUUCUGACCCAGACAAAAUCUUUUGGCGUUUCACCGUCGAAGUCCCAAUCCAGCCAUUCGAGGCGCAGUGGGACUACACCAUCUCGAGAGUGCGUUACCUCACUCGAGGCAGCAAUCGCCACCCUUCAACAGAGACUUUUGUGGUCCCUUCCCAGCAGCAAUCAAUGCGGAUUAUGUUCCACUCCUGCAAUGGUUUCUCUGUUGGCACAGACGAAAAUGUCUGGACUGGGCCGGUGCUUUGGAACGAUGUUCUCCGUUUUCAUGAAAAGGCUCCUUUCCAUGUCAUGAUUGGAGGUGGAGACCAAAUCUACAAUGACGGUGUCCGAGUGGACGGUCCGCUGCGCCCCUGGACAGACCUUGCGAAUCCCAAAAAGAGACGUGACUACCAAUUUCCUGAGACGAUGCGUGCCGAUUGUGAUAAAUAUUACUUCGACAAUUAUAUUCGCUGGUAUACUACCGAGCCCUUUGCGGCCGCGAAUGCACAGAUCCCCCAAGUUAACAUCUGGGAUGACCACGAUAUUAUCGAUGGAUUCGGCUCCUACACCGAUCAUUUCAUGAAAUGCGCCGUGUUUCGUGGCAUCGGCGGAGUCGCCCACAAAUACUACAUGUUGUUUCAGCACCAUAGCCCUCCGCCAAAGUCCACCUUCACAACGGACGCGCCGCAAACCAUGGAGAGCCAGGGCCUGGAGGGUACCGGAGCGGAUCCUUUACAGACUAAAGGCGCAUUCGUGAUGACAGAGAAGGAGGAGCACCAUAGUUGGAUCAUCGGCCCUAAGCCAGGCCCGUAUGUUGCUGAACGGUCUCGGUCUGUCUUUAUGCAACUUGGAAAGCACAUUGCUUUUGUUGGACUUGAUGCCAGAACGGAGCGCACCCGCCACCGGAUAAAUUAUCCUGAGACUUAUGACCUUAUCUUCCAUCGGCUGGACCGCGAAUUUUCCCAGUUGCAAGGCGAGAUCAAGCACCUGAUUGUUCUACUCGGCGUACCAAUCGCGUACCCUCGACUCCAAUGGCUGGAGAAUAUUUUCAGCUCCCCCAUCAUAGGCCCAAUUCGCUUUUUGAACAAACGAUUCGGUCUAGCGGGAGGUCUGUUCAACAAGUUUGACGGCCAAGUUGACCUUCUCGACGAUCUUGACGAUCACUAUACUGCACACCAGCACAAGAAGGAGCGCAAGGAACUCAUUCUGCGGUUCCAAGCGCUCUCAAAGAAGCACUCUGUUCGUGUGACAAUCCUAGGUGGUGAUGUUCACCUCGCCGCGCUGGGUCGAUUUUAUAGCCUACCUACUCUCAACAUACCCGUUGAGCAGGAUCACCGAUACAUGGUCAACAUUAUUAGUUCGGCCAUUACCAACAAACCUCCGCCGCCGGCCGUUGCGAAUUUGUUGGCUAGAAGAAAUCGAAUUCAUCAUUUCGACAGCGAGACUGAUGAGACGCUGUUGAAAAUGUUUGACAAAGUCCCAGGCCCUAGCGUGCAAGUUGGGAAAAGUAACCAUGCCACGAUGCCGUCGAGAAAUUUUGCCAUCAUUACCGAAAGCAAUUCCAGUCCUCAAGCGACGAAUGGCACUUCUGCUCCACCCACCAACGGACACUCUGCCACUCAUCCAAAUAACGGAGAGAAGAAGGACGCUCACUAUCCGCUUAGUCUUGGUGAAGAAAAUGCGGGUACUCAGCACCCAGCCGCCGCAGGGUUGGCCACGAGCACAUACAAUCGAUAUGGGUUGGAUGUUGCUCUUCGCGUGGAAUGCAAUCGGGGCGACAUCAAGGGGGAGACAGUGGGCUAUGGACUCAGCAUUCCAGCUUUGGGCCAUGAAGCACCGUCAGCUGCAACAGCUUAA